UGUCUCUGCAGCGCACUCGAUACGCGAGAUGCUGCGCCAAUCUGCUGGUCGCCGCGCCAAGUCGACGGCCGCGCGCGCCUGGGACGACAUCCCGACCGCGCCCGAGUACGGCUUCGGGCCGUUCAAGUCGAGUGGUCUCUACUUCAUCCGCAACAAUGGACUCCGCGUCACGUACGAGCGCUUCCAGACCCUCCACCGCGAGCUCGGCCCGAUCUUCAAGCUGCGAUUCGCGCCGUUCACACCGUACCUUGUCUCGGUCGCCGACCCAGAAGCGACCGCGCUCGUGUGUCGCACCGAAGGCGCGAUGCCGCAGCGCCACCUCUUUCCUGCGUGGACCCUGUACCGGCAGCAGCGGCAGUGGCCCAUGGCGACCUCCAACACCAACGUAUUUGCCGAGUGGAAAAAGUCCCGGGCGAGCAUGAGCGAGAACUUGCUACAAAUGCACAAUGUACCCGCGUGGAUCGGGCGCAUCGACGACGUCGCCAAGGAUGUCGUUGCGCGUAUUGCGACCGAAGCGCAACACGGGGCGCCGGUUGCCGUCACCAACAUCAUGAAGGCGUUUGCACUCGAAGCGGUCUCGUCGCUCGUCUUUGGGAAGCGCAUGGGCUGCUUGUCGCCAGACCCGUCGACGCCGAUCCCGCCGGCCGCCCAAGCGUUCAUCGACGCUGUCGACGGCUUCUUUGACACGACGCAGCAGCUGCACAUCAUCCCGCCCGAGGUGCCCACGUGGAUCUACCCGUACGUACCCGCGUACCGCGCCCACGCGGCCCACUGCGACUACAUCUUUGACCUUGGCUAUCAGCUCAUGCGCGACAAGAUCGCGUGCACCGACGCCUCGCCCGAGCCGGACCUCCUCAGCACCUUUCUGCAGCGACCUGAGCUCGACGAGCGCGAAGCCAUUAGCCUCGCGAUUGACGUGCUCUUUGCCGGCGUCGACACGACGGGCAAUACGCUGCUCUGGACCAUGUACUGCCUCGCGACCGCUCCAAACGGCCGCGAGAUGCAAGCGCGCAUCCGCGACGAGAUUGGGUCGGGCCCCAUGGACGAAGCCGCCCUCACUCGUCUCUCGUACUUGCGCGCUUGUGUGAAAGAGACGCUGCGGCUAUACCCGUCCGCGACGCCCAACCAGCGCUACGCUGGCGACGACGUGACGCUCGCCGGGUACCAAGUUCCAAAAGGCACGAGUGUGCUCAUGGCCACGUACACAAUGAGCCGGGACCCCGACAUCUUUGAGCACCCCGAGGUGUUUGCGCCCGAGCGCUGGAUGGACCGCGAGAAGAAGGACGCGGACAACCGCAAGCAGCAAGCGUACUCGACGCUGCCGUUUGGCAUUGGUGCGCGCAGCUGCGUGGGCCGACGCCUUGCUGAGACCGAAAUGUACCUGCUUCUGGCGCACCUCUUGCGCGAGAUGGAGAUUCAGUGGAUCCCCAACGAGGCGCACCCCAAAGGCAUUCUGCGCCUUCUCAUCGUGCCCGACAAGCCGCUCUCGUUCCGCUUUCAGCCGUGGUCGUCGUAACCAUAAAUGCAGUACUCUUCAAAGCGACGUGGUUGGUUGAACAAAAUCGUCACAGAUGUCGAUACUAGCCCUUUCCUAGGGAUAGGUUUGUGACCCCAAACUAGUCCCUGAC